AUGACAUCUCCAUCCCCCAAAGUCUGGCUCAUAACAGGCUGCUCCACAGGCCUCGGCGCCUCGCUCGCCAUCCACGCCCUCAAAGCAGGUCACACCGUCGUCGCCCCAGCGCGGAACCAGUCCUCAGCGCCCUCAUACGCCCAAAUCACCUCCCUAGGCGGCAGAUGGCUAACCCUAGAUGUAAACUCGCCAACCGCAGGAGAUAUCGUGCAAGAAGGUGUGAAACUGGCCGGUGGCAGAAGCGAUGUGCUAGUCAAUAAUGCCGGGUACUCCAUAUUAGGAGCCAUGGAUGAUAUCUCCGUAAACCAAACAGGUAUGUCCGAAGGCCUCGCUCGCCAAGUCUCCCCCCUCGGAAUUCGUGUCCUGAUUGUCGAGCCUAGCGCCUUCUGCACUCAAUUCCUGGUCUCGUUCUAA